AUAGCAGUGCCUGACCUCAAGCGUCCAGACAACGUCAAGCGUUUGUUGGAAAGAUAGUUUUUGGCUCUUAUAAAUAGUUUUUUCUGCUUAAAUGCCAAAUUAAGUACAAGAUUCUUCUCAAGCUCAGUUUGAAGGUCUGAAUUUUAAAAUUCCAUAUAGACUUGACUGGACUUGAUUUAGGAGAUGGCUGAAGACCAAGAAAAAGGUCUAUCAAAGAAAGCACGUCAAUUUGAUUUUAUGGCGAUGUUUGAAGAGGCUAGAAAAACUGCCAUAGAAAGGACAACUACUGGAAAAGAAGAUGAGGAUACAGAAACAACAGUUGACAGAAUUAACAGACAGAAUGAAGCAAAGAAAGACAAACAAAGGAAAGAAGAGAGCUCAAGUAGUGGAAGUGACUCAGAUAGUGAUUCCUCUUCUGAUGAAGAAAUGAUAGGACCACCUAUGCCUUCGUCCAUGAAGAGUGGUAACAAAGAGGAUGAAAAUGAUAAAAUGAUAGGACCUCCUCUACCUCCAGGUUUGGGGAGUUUAGACAAAAGGAAGAGAACCAAGCCAGGACAGUCUAAAGAUGAGGAGGAGGAUGAAGAUAGUGAUGAUGAUGAUAAUGAUGAUGAUUCACCUUUGAAGAAAAUUCCAUCCAGCUUGCAAAUAACUAUAGAUCAUGGGAAGAAAACAGUUUCUGCACUGGCUUUGGACCCAUCCGGUGCUCGGCUGGUUACAGGUGGUUAUGAUUAUGAUGUGAAAUUGUUUGAUUUUGCGGGAAUGGAUUCAACUCUGAAGCCAUUCAGGACACUGAGGCCAUGUGAGAGCCAUCCGAUCAAGCAGUUACAUUACAGUAGUACAGGUGAUGUGAUCCUUGUUGUAGCGGGCAAUUCACAGGCCAAGGUGCUAGAUAGGGAUGGCAAUGAAAAGUUUGAGUGUAAGAAGGGAGACCAGUAUUUAGCAGACAUGGCUCAGACAAAGGGGCAUGCAGCAAUGUUAAAUUCAGGGUGCUUCAAUCCUAAAAUAAAAGCUGAAUUCAUGACCUGCUCAAAUGAUGGUACUGUAAGACUGUGGGAUGUUAAUGAUGAGGGUAAGAAACAGCGUCAUGUGAUCAAACCACGUUCUCAGCAGGGUCGUCGUGUGAUACCUACAGCAUGUACGUACAGCCAUGAUGGAAGAUGGGUUGUUGCAGCAUGCCAGGAUGGCUCUAUACAGAUCUGGGAUCAUAACAGACCUUUUGUUAAUGUAGCAAAAUUGUUAAGGACAGCCCACAUGAAUGGCAGUGACACAUCAUCCCUGUGUUUCUCAUAUGAUGGCAGGGUGCUUGCUUCAAGGGGAGGUGAUGAUACAGUGAAACUUUGGGACAUCAGAAACUUUAAAGAACCUCUUAAAGUAAAGAAAGAUCUACCCAAUUUCUUUCCAGUAACUGACUGUUUGUUCAGUCCAGAUGAUAAGUUAGUUCUAACUGGUAUCUCUGUAAAGAAGAAUGAGGGUAAAGGGAAACUACUCUUCCUGGACAGAGAGUCUCUGGAGACAAUGACUCAGUUAGAAGUCUCUGAUACAAGUGUAGUAAGAUGUAUCUGGCAUCCUCGGCUCAAUCAGUUUGUGGUAGGAUGUGGUGAUGGCAAGGCUCAGCUAUACUAUGAUGAACAGAAAAGCCACAGAGGAGCAAAACUCUGUGUGGCCAAGAAACCAUCCAAAGUUAAACAAAUGGAAAUUGUUGCACAUAGACAAAUCAUUACACCAUAUGCACUGCCAAUGUUUAGACAACAAAGGGAAUCCAGUACCAAGAAACAAGAGGAAAGAGCACGAAGAGAUCCAACAAAGUCCCACAGACCUGACCUACCUAUUUAUGGACCAGGGUCUGGUGGUCGUUUGGCCAAUAAAGGAGGAACAUUAUCCCAGUAUGUGGUGCAAACUCUGGUGGUACAGAAAGAAGACCCGUAUGAAGAUAACCCUAGAGAGGCCAUUCUUAGACAUGCUAAAGUUGCUGAAGAGAAUCCACUCUAUGUUGCGCCAGCAUACAAAAAAACACAGCCAGUGCCGAUAUUCCAAGGAGAGGAGAAAGAAGAGGAGGAAGAAGAUAUUCAACCACCGUGGAAGAAAAUUAAAAAGUCAUAGCAAAUUUUUGAACAGUUAUAGCAAAAAUUUUCAUUUAUCAGCACCUCGCUGGAUGAGGUGUUCCAAAUGCAGCAUUCAAAAUAGACUGGUUCGAUUGAAAUUGAUUAAUUCUUUGGAACCAGUUUGUAAUGUUGUAAUAAAACUGUCUGAG